UGCGCUCGCGGCGGCGGCGGCGGCAGCGGUGGCAAGACGCCGCGUUGCCCGCUCUCGUCAAGCAUGUUGAGGCGUUCCAGAAGGGACACUUGAUGAUUCUAGAUCUUGAAGGCCACUGAUGUGAAUUCAUUGGUGCCACCAUGACUGAAGCCCUUCUCUCAAUUGUCCUGAAUAUGACUGAAACCCAUGCAGUGGCUAACAAUGUGACCAGCAAUGCCACUAGCAAAUGUUCCUUGACCAAAACUGGCUUUCAGUUCUAUUACUUGCCAGCUGUCUACAUUGUAGUCUUCAUCACUGGAUUCCUGGGCAACAGUGUGGCCAUCUGGAUGUUUGUCUUCCACAUGAGGCCGUGGAGUGGCAUCUCAGUUUACAUGUUUAACUUGGCCCUAGCAGACUUCUUGUAUGUCCUGACGCUCCCUGCCCUGAUCUUUUACUACUUCAAUCAAACUGACUGGAUCUUUGGAGAUUUCAUGUGCAAGCUACAGAGAUUUAUCUUCCAUGUCAAUCUAUAUGGAAGCAUCUUAUUCCUCACAUGCAUCAGUGUGCACAGAUACACUGGUGUGGUAUAUCCUUUAAAAUCAUUAGGGAGACUGAAAAAAAAGAAUGCUGUUUAUAUCAGUACCCUGGUCUGGUUUAUUGUGGUAGUGGGAAUCUCUCCCAUCUUCUUUUACUCUGGGACUGAGGUAAGGAAAGUCAAAACCAUGGCGUGCUAUGACACAACAGUAGAUAACUACCUGCGGAGUUACUUCAUUUACAGCAUGUGUACCACUGUCUUCUUGUUUUGCAUCCCAUUCAUUCUGAUCCUUGGUUGCUAUGGAUUAAUCGUGAAAGCACUGAUUUACAAAGAUUUAGACAAUUCCCCGCUCAGGAGGAAAUCAAUUUACUUGGUUAUUAUAGUGUUGGCAGUAUUUGCUGUGUCUUAUCUUCCUUUCCACGUGAUGAAAAACUUGAAUCUACGCGCCCGGCUGGAUUUUCAGACUCCGGAAAUGUGUGCGUUUAACAACAGGGUUUAUGCUACCUACCAAGUAACUCGAGGGCUAGCGAGUCUCAACAGCUGCGUGGAUCCUAUACUAUAUUUUUUGGCAGGAGACACUUUUCGGAGAAGGCUCUCCAGGGCAACUCGGAAAGCCUCAAGACGAAGUGAGCUCAAUGUGCAAUCCAAAAGUGAAGAUAUGACUCUGAGUAUUUUAUCUGAGUGCAAACAAAAUGGAGACACAAGCUUGUGAAUGGUUCCUUUUCCCUUCCCUUCCCUUCCCUUCCCUUCC